CUCGUCUCAUCUCCAAUAAAAACCCCAAAACCCUCGUUCAUUCUCUCUUCGUCUCUCCUUAUCCUCUUCGUCUCAGCUCCCUAACCCUAAUGGCUACUUCCAACGCCAUCACUACUGCCUCCGUCCUCUCCUCUCCUCGCCGGGAGGGGUUGAGGAGGGGAAUGGCUGGGUGGCUGCCGCAGCGUGCCGUCGCCGGGAAGAGUCACCGGCGGUUUUCGGUGCGCGCGACGGCGAAAGAAAUUGCUUUUGGUCAGAGCUCGAGGACUUCUCUGCAGGCUGGUGUUGAGAAGCUCGCUGAUGCCGUCGGCGUGACUCUCGGUCCUAGAGGAAGAAAUGUUGUGUUGGAUGAAUUUGGGAACCCAAGAGUGGUUAAUGACGGUGUUACAAUUGCUCGAGCUAUUGAGCUUGCUGAUCCCAUGGAGAAUGCAGGCGCAGCCUUAAUCCGUGAGGUUGCCAGCAAAACCAAUGAUUCAGCUGGUGAUGGAACCACUACUGCAUCAGUUCUUGCUCGUGAAAUCAUCAAGUUAGGUUUGUUGAGUGUUACAUCUGGUGCAAAUCCUGUCUCCAUAAAGAAGGGGAUUGACAAGACUGUGCAGGGUCUAGUAGAAGAGCUUGAGAAAAAGGCCCGACCUGUUGAGGGGCGUGGGGAUAUAAAAGCUGUUGCAUCUAUCUCAGCUGGAAAUGAUGAGUUUAUUGGAGAAAUGAUUGCUGAUGCCAUUGAUAAAGUUGGCCCUGAUGGCGUUCUUUCAAUUGAGUCAUCCUCAUCAUUUGAGACUACUGUAGAUGUUGAAGAAGGAAUGGAGAUUGACCGAGGUUAUAUUUCCCCCCAGUUUGUUAACAAUCCUGAGAAGCUACUUGUUGAAUUUGAAAAUGCUAGAGUACUGGUCACUGACCAAAAGAUUUCCACAAUAAAGGAGAUUAUUCCUUUGUUGGAGAAGACCACACAGCUAAGAGCUCCUUUACUUAUUAUUGCCGAGGAUGUGACCGGUGAAGCUUUGGCAACUCUAGUUGUGAACAAACUGCGGGGCAUUCUCAAUGUUGCUGCAAUUAAAGCACCUGGUUUUGGUGAGAGGAGGAAGGCUCUUCUCCAAGAUAUUGCUAUUGUGACAGGAGCCGAGUUCCAGGCCAAAGAUCUUGGUUUAUUGAUAGAGAAUACAACUGUGGAGGAACUUGGCACGGCAAGAAAGAUCACCAUAUCUCAGAGCUCUACCACCAUGAUUGCUGAUGCAGCUACCAAAGAUGAGAUCCAGGCAAGAAUUGCACAGAUCAAGAAGGAGCUUGCUGAAACAGAUUCAAUCUACGAUUCUGAGAAGCUAGCAGAGAGAAUCGCCAAACUCUCUGGUGGUGUGGCAGUCAUUAAGGUCGGUGCAGCAACAGAGACUGAACUGGAAGACCGCAAGCUCCGAAUUGAGGAUGCUAAGAAUGCUACCUUUGCAGCCAUUGAGGAGGGUAUUGUUCCUGGUGGUGGUGCAGCCUAUGUUCACCUCUCUGCUUGCGUUCCUGCAAUCAAGGACAAGAUUGAAGACAAUGAUGAGAAACUUGGUGCCGAUAUUGUACAAAAAGCACUGGUGGCACCUGCAGCCUUGAUAGCGCACAAUGCAGGAGUCGAGGGAGAAGUGGUGGUGGAGAAAAUUAAGGACAGUGAUUGGGAGAUCGGUUACAACGCCAUGACUGACAAGUACGAGAACUUGGUUGAAUCUGGUGUGAUUGAUCCUGCAAAGGUGACAAGAUGUGCCCUGCAAAACUCUGCUUCAGUGGCUGGAAUGGUCUUAACAACACAAGCCAUUGUUGUCGAGAAGCCCAAACCAAAGGCUCCUGUCGCUGCUCCGGCCCCUGGUACUCUUAUGGUAUAAGCCUAACCAAUUUUCUUUUCAUCUUGUCCGGAUUUAGGAUUAGUCAUCCAGAGUUUGGUAAAUGGAAAACUAAGCUGAGGACUUCAGAUAAAUUGAUCUUGGAAUGACAUGCUAUAUAACAUGGGUAUCUCACAAUGGACAUUCUUGUAGCUUUUUCCAUGAUUGAAUUGGAAUUUUCUUGCCGCUUCGUCCA